AUGACACCGGCGGGCGGCGAAACAUUGACUGCAACCUGGCUUUGUCCGAUUUUUCACAGCUCUCCUUCUUGGCCAAGCUUCGUCGUCAUGGAAUACCUCAACCGGGGGACGCUAAGAGCAAGGAUGGACGCGGCCAGGGGCGGGCUGGGGUUCUGGCCUGGCGUCCGACAUGCCGUGGAGCUGGCCUCGGUCAUGGCGUACCUUCACGACGACGCCAUGCCGGGAAUGUGCAUCCUGCACCGAGACCUCAAGCCGGACAACCUGGGCUUCCGGGGCAACGUCAUGAAGCUGCGGGCACGACCCGAGAGUGUCGCGCCAUGCGGAAAGCUGCGUCAAGAGCUACCCGCGCUGGACCCCCGGCAUAUUGUUCUGGAAAUGAAGCUUUUUUUGGUUCUCUCUGGUUCUCUCCUCGGGUUUGCGUGA